AUGGGUGCCAAUCUUACAGAGACCCCUGAGAGCCUUGCGCCAGCCGAAGUAUUGACUGCUGUUGUCCCAUCGGAUGGCAUCCCUUGGUGGAAAAAGCCACACCUUUUGCGUCUAAACCUGAUCAUCCUUUCUUUGGUGUUAUACUCAUCAGCGAACGGCUAUGAUGGAUCCUUGAUGAACGGCCUUGAAGCUCUGGAUCAAUGGAAAAAUUUCAUGGACCAUCCAGCUGGUGCUUGGCUCGGAUGGAUCAACGCAAUCUACUGGCUCGGAUGUGGUGUUGGAUACCCAACAGCCUCUUGGAUUGCUAAUCGCUACGGCCGCAAGCCAGGAGUCUACAUUGGGUACAUUUUCCUGAUUCUCGGCAGUGCCCUCCAAGCAGGUGCCCCAAACGACAAGGCAUUCUUACUAGCCCGCCUCUUCCUGGGAUUUGCCUCUGCCCUGUUUGGAAAUGCUGUCCCCCUCUUGAUCAACGAAAUUGCCUACCCAACUCACCGCGGAAUACUCAAUUCCCUUUUCAUGUCUGGCUGGUACGUGGGCGGAACAGUCGCUGCUUGGGUGGUGUUUGCUUCACGGACAUACCCCUCUGAAUGGUCCUGGCGGCUUCCAUCAGUGCUUCAGGCGCUGGUGCCGCUUCUCGCGUUGCCAGGAUUCAUCUUUGCCCCGGAGAGUCCACGGUGGCUGGUUUCAGUCGAUCGAGAAGAAGAGGCCCGUGCAAUUCUUAUCAAAUACCAUGCCGCGGGCGAUGCUUCUUCCGCCUUGGUCAACUAUCAAUUCCAAGAGAUACUCCACACCAUUAGGGCAGAGAAGGAGGCGAGUAGUAACGGUUCCUACGCGGAGAUGGUCAAGACUCCUGGAAACCGUCGUCGUUUGAUGAUCUCUAUCAGUCUGGGUAUCUUUGCCCAGUGGGCUGGCAAUGGUGUCAUCUCAUACUAUUUGUCCCUUAUCCUGACAUCCGUCGGAGUAACAAAGGUUCGAGACCAGACUCUUAUUUCGGCUUGCCUACAGAUGUGGGACCUAGUGUUCGCUGCACUUGGGGCCUUUUUGAUUGAUCGCCUGGGACGCCGCCCUCUCUUCAUGGCCUCCGCUGUAAUUAUGUUUUUGAGUUAUGUGCUUGUCACAGCUCUAUCGGGGUCUUUCGCGAUGACAGGGGAUACUGCAACUGGCGGUGCUGUCAUUCCAUUUCUUUUUAUUUUCUUUGCAGGAUACUGUGUCGCUCUAACUCCCUUCCUCACCUCCUAUCCCUGCGAAAUCUGGCCCUACCGCCUCAGAUCCCGGGGUCUCACCGUCACCUGGGUCUCCACCAUUGUUGGCAUGUUCUUCAACACAUUCGUUAAUCCUAUUGCAUUGGAAGCGAUAGCCUGGAGGUAUUAUAUUGUGUUUAUUGUUGUUCUGAUGAUCUUCGGUGUGACAGCAUACUUCUUCUACCCCGAAACCAAGGGCUACUCCCUGGAGCAAAUUGCCGUGAUCUUUGACGGCCCCGAUGCCUUAGCAGGAAGCCGUGCAGACCAUAAACUUCCUCUGAAUAUCUGCGAUGAUUCAAAGUCUGGCUCAUCGACUGUUCAUACCGAACUAGCUUGA